GGGCAAUAUAAAGCAGUAAGCAUCAAGCACCCUGCUCAUUUUGAGUUUAUUUUAAAUUUGUUUGACUUCAGACAUUAAAAUCUAUAUAGUGAUUUCUUUGUGUAAUAAGCAUCGACCGACAGUAUUUUUCAGAGAGUCGUCGUGAAAAGUUCUAAAUAGUGGAAAUGAAUCGUAGAUUUAUUAUUACAUUUUAUGCCUACAUAUUUGCACAUGUUUUGUGUCAAGGUUAUCAGGACACAAACUCGAACAAAGAUGCUCACAGGAAGACAAUGAUGGGUAUGUUAAGUAAAAUUAUUGAAAUUAAUGGAACAAUUGAUCAAGUGAUGAUGGAAGGUUCAACGACCGAGAGUGCGUUUGGACGCGUGUGGUUAAAUGCAACGGAACGACCCAGUGGAAUUUGUAUUCAUGAAGAGGAAUAUACAGAGGAGGUUGAUGUCAUUGAUAGGAUUCCAUAUCAAGUCGAGGUUGAAACAUGGUGCUGGUCAAUUAGGUGCACUGAAUGGGAAACGCAUUAUCGUGAAGAAAAGCAAAAAAAGAAUGUCACUCAAACAAGAAAACUUCAUCAAUGCUGUGAAAAUUACGAAAUGGAUCCAGACACAAACGAUUGCAGACCAAUUUGUAUUAAGCCAUGUGAAAAUCAAGGCACCUGUGUUGAACCAAAUCGCUGUAAAUGUGAAUAUGGUUAUGAAGGAGAUUUCUGUGAAUAUGACGCCCUUCCCGAUAAUCUUCUUUCUGGUCCAAAUGUUUGUGAACGUGUUGAAAUGAAAGAAGAAAUGGAACGAAUUGUUGAGCAAGAGUUGGUCAAAACCACAUACAAUGAAUGGUGUUGGCCAAAGAUUCGUUGUACACACACAAAGGUUGAACAAGUGCCGGUGGAAAAACAAAAGAAGGCAAUUAAACCAUAUCCAGUUAAGUAUUGUUGCCAUGGAUAUGCAAAGAACUACAAGGGUAAUCGAUGUGUGCCAAUUGAGAAUAUUGAAGAUGUUCAGCAACAAGUUGUACAAUAAGAAGGAAUGAAAUUAAUAAUUAUGUUUUAACACUCUAUUAAUAAGACUAUGAAAGAAUCUCCCCUCAUGUAACUCAAUUCAGUAGCUUUAGUUUUUCAUUUUAAUAAAAGAUUUUUUUAACUAAGACAAGAGUUUUUUGUGUCAAAAAGUUUUUCAAUUUUGAAUUCAAGGCUGUGUAACUCUAUUGUUUAGCGUUGAGUUGUUGAUUUUUUAAAAUUCUAUUGUUGUAGAUUUUAUAGCUUUUGAG